AUGAUAAUCUUUGUUUUCAGUGACAUGGAAUUCGAUCAAACCUUCAGGCUUGGUGGUUAUUCAUAUUAUGGGCUCUCAUAUUAUGAUGAUGAUUCAGAUUCGGAUUCAAGUUCAAAUUCCUCAUCUCCAACAAGUGAUUCUAAUAUGGAGGACAAACCUUGUUGCGGUCCUAGGUACUCCCCUAGUACUCCAGUUUCAGCUAAGCAAAGUGGGGUUGCAAUGGUCAGUGGGUUCUCAAAGAAUAUGGUGAAGAUUUUCUUGGAGGAAGGUGGAAUUGUCAACUUAGAGGCUGUGAUGGAGCAGGCCAUCUCUGGUGAACUAUACCUGAAUCUAGUUGUAAUUGACUGA